UAGUUCAGUAUUAAUUUGCCGUUCAUUCUGACGUCUUUGAGCGCCUUUCUUUCAUUCCUUGCACAUCGAUUGUUAUUGCGUGUAGUUUUUGCUAUUGCGUUUAUAUAUAUUUUCUACAAUUACAUCGUAACUAGUUUAGUGAAUCGGCUGGCCGCAAUUUUGACAAAGAGAGAAAAAAAAACCAGUGUGAAAAAACAAAUCGGCGAACAUAGAAAUGUGAAUAUCUUAAAAUUGUUUGCGGUGAACUAAGUGGUGUUGUGUAUUUUUGUUUCAUUUUCUAUCGACAAAUUAUGAACGAUGAAAAACUUUGUUUAAAUUUCGCUAAAAAAUAAAAGCAAAUCAAUUAGUGUGUAAGCAAAAAAAAGCAAAACCAAUAAGAAAAUCGCUUGAAUCAUCACAUAAUCAAAACCAUCUUGUCUGACAUCAUUCCAUAUAUAAUCUUUAUUUAUCGAUUCAGUAGAAAAGUAUAGUGAGAAAUUUUUUGUACCAUUUCGAUUUGUGAGAUAGAGCGAAUGAAAGAGAAAAAAUAACAACAAAAUAAGAAGCACAUUUACAAUAACCUAUUGAUGGUAUCUCAAUCGCGGCAUUGUGUUUCUGCGUGCUGUCUCAUGUGCAUUCCGUUCGUGGUGUAUAAUUUUUCAUUUUAAUGAAAAUCAAAGACACAAUGGAUAGCUCUGCUACACGAACCGGUGUUAGUGCAAUAGUUGAAUAUAAUUAUACAGCAAAGGAAUCGGAUGAAAUAACAUUAGCAAAAGGUGCCAUUAUAAACAAUAUAAAGCGUCAAUCAGGCGGUUGGUGGGAAGGUACACUGGCGUCAACUGGCAAAACAGGCAUGUUUCCCGAUAAUUUUGUACGUGUUCUUGAGUCGGACGAUAAGAGUCCGGUAGUUUUGAGAGAUAAAUCAGAGACAAAAAAUCGUCGUUGCAAAGCUGUUUACAGUUAUACGCAAAAUAAUAAUGAUGAAUUAACACUGGCUGUUGGCGAUAUUAUUGAAUUUCUGGGUGAAGUUGAAGAAGGUUGGUGGCGUGGUAAAUUGUCCGGUAAAAUUGGCGUAUUUCCAUCGAAUUUUGUUGAAGUGUAUCAAAGUACGUCGCCCGUAUUUGCAAAGCGUAUCAGUAAUAAUAACGGCACCGCAAACAAUAAUAACUCCCGAACCAGUUUGAAUAAUUUAAAUAGUUCGAGAGAGGAUUUGGUCAGCAGCAAUACUUCCACGAGCAGCGAAAAGGAUGCACCUAGUUUACCGCCCAAACCAGUGAGAGAACUGUGCAAAGUUAUAUUCUCGUAUAAGCCAGUAAACGAAGACGAGCUGGAAUUAAAGGAAGGUGAAAUAAUUACGGUAUUGAGCAAAGAUUUGCCCGACAAAGGCUGGUGGAAAGGUGAACUCAAAGGAAAAGUCGGCGUAUUUCCAGAUAAUUUCGUGCAAUUGAUCACAGGCGAAGGAUCACCGCAAAAAGAGCAAUCAAAUCAUACUCCAGAACGGCCACCGUCAACAACAAAGCUACUAAUCAACAAUAACACAAACAUUAGCAAGAAAAUGGACGGUUUGGGUUCAAGAGAUUCGAUAAAUGACACUGGCAUUAUGGCGGGCAAUGUGGCCGCCUAUCGAAAAUCAUUGGAGAAUAAAUGCAAUGAAAAUCAACAGGUAACCACGCGCCGAACGCUAAUUGAGACAAAAUCAACGGCCGAAAUUCGUAAAAGUCUUGAGAAUCUUGAUGAAAGAAAAUCAACACCGCCACCAUUGACCAAAAAACCAGUGGUGCCAAUAAAAAAAUCGCCAACCGUCGGCAGUGUGGCCGGAAACAUAUUCUCCGGUUUAAAACAGAAAGUAAAAAGUGUCGAACAAAAAAUAACCCAUCACGAUAGUAUGGAUGGUAUUGGUCCAAGUAAGAGUGUGAGUCAUGUGGCCGAUAACAAUGAGAAAGGUAUUAGCGGUGAGCGAUUACAUCGCGAUGAUUCGGAAUUCGAUCAAGUUGAACGAAAUUCAUCGAUUUUACCAGAUAUGCGAGCCCAACGAGCCAAAGCACCAAAACGACGAUUGCCUUCAUCGAAUUCGACCAGUUUGGGCGAAAGUUUGUCAUAUGAAAAUGGUGAUUCGCCAACACCCGCAUCACCCGUUCUCGCAAAUGAAACAAACAUUCACAAAUCCGAAGAGGAUUUAACAAAGCCAACAAAACAACGCGAAUGGGAAAAGAACCGAGCACCAUGGAUGGAAGAAUUGAAAGCUAGUCAAGCCAAGAAAACGUCACCGGGUAGCAUCGAAAUGCGCUCACCGGACAGCACCAACAGCGAUAACAAUGUCGAACAGAAAACAACACACAGCAAUUCAUUUAACAAUAGCCAUAAAAAGGAAAUAAAUACAUUUGAGGUGCGAAACAGCAGCGUUGACAUUAAACAAACAGAGAGAACAUCAAGCGAUUCAACAUUCCAUAUCAAGAAAGAACCAAUCGAAAAUCCAUUGGUCAAGCCAUCGUUGGCAACGAAAAUUUCCAUUUCAGAUUCAUCAACAACGACCGUUAGCGAUGAAAAUACAACAAAUAAUGGUAUCAAGGGACGACCAACGAGUGUAACACUGCGAAAUGUAAAUCUGCCACCAGUGGGACGUCUUACAAAAACAAUUCACGACAACGGUGGUACGGUUCAGACUUCGACGGCCACAAUUACAAGCAAAACAGCAACGAUCAUACAAGAUGAUGCGACAAAUCACACGGGACCAACUGUAGUCACCACCGUCACAUCGGAUAAUGUUUGUUCGCGCGUUGCUGAGCUUGAAUUGCGCGUAUCACAAUUGGAAAAAUUGGCACAAAGACAAAAUCAGACCAUUGAACAGCUAUUGAAAUCCCUAAAGGAUGAAUCGGACAAGCAUCACAGACCUUCAACACCUAAGGCUUAUAACCGAUAUAAAUGAUAGAAACACAUUAGAAUUAAAGUGUCUCUGACAAAAUUAUAUUGUAUAACAAAAGAAAUAACGUUAUUUGUGACUGUUUUAUAUCAAUAAAUGGAAUAUCAUUUGGAAUUUUAACUUAAAAAAAAAAAAAACGAACAAACAGAAAAGCCAGAUAAAAAUCAAUAACACAAUAAAAAAUUUAAACAAAAUUCAAAUUAGAAAAUCACUUGCUUCAUUUAACGGGAAGAAAAUCGAAAUUUAAAAGAAAAAUAACUAAAAAAUAUAUCAUUAAUUGAUGUCGAUGAGAUAAAAGACAACAAACUAUUUACACACAUAAUACAUAUAAAUUUUAUUUUGCUAAAAGUGUGCGGUGCGCAUAUUUACUCCUACUACAAUAGCUAAGCAUUAAUAUAAUUGCAUUCAAAUUCUAAAUGGAAUCACUUGAUGUUUUGUUCUCUUUUCCGUCUUAAUGCAAAGGAAUUAAUAAAAGUCACCAUCUUAACCAAGCACAAGCGAGAGAUUAAAAUCAAUUGAAACAAUCAAUCUCAGCGAAUUGAUGAUGUCAAUAAAAAUAGUUCGUAACGAUGUGUGUGUUGAUUCACUUGUUGCUUGGCGAUGUUUAUGUUCGACGCCAUUGUUUAACGCAUCAUUCUCAAUGUUAAAUCAAUCUAACAAAUUAAACGCCUAAUUAACUCUUCGCAAUUCACUGAGCACAUUGAAAUUAAAUCUCAAUCUUCAACUUAUUUAUAUUCAUGCUAUUGUUUAAAACUAGCAAUAAAUUUUCCAAUGCUCUCACAAAAGAAAGUCGAUGUCUAUUUUGAAAAUAUUUUUGUCAAAUUUAACUGUUCACAGAAGCAAAAAUUACUAAUGAUGCUUGAGCCAAUUGCACGCGAACUGCACCAAAAUCGAUGUAAACAAUCAGAGAAGUGAUGAUAUGACAUGGCGCAAUUUAAACAGUCUGAUCACUCGAGUGAAAUAAAGCCAGUUUUUUCUCUCUCUCGCAUUGCUUCAUUUUUCGCUACCUAAAUAUAGCUCGAAAUACGAAUGUAAACAUUUAAUCAAAUAUCUAUGAAUUAUGCUGGAAAAUAAAUGCGCGUGAAAGAUAUUUAAGAAUUAUUAUUAUUAUAUGAGGAAUUGAAGGGUGUGAUAUUGCCAUAAUCGAUUACAUUGCUAGACACACACACAUACAUAGCCUAGAUGAGUUUAGAGUGAACAUAUUUUUUACUUUUUUUAAAAAAAACUAUGCGAGAAAACCGAUCCAUUCACACAACAUAAAAGUAUUCAGAUUGUAUUAUGCAGAAAACACAAUUAUUUUAAGGACAAAUCAACGAUUUAUCUAUGCUCAAUUUAGUUUCUUUUUUCCUUCUUCACGUUCCUCUUCAUAUCCAAUACAAUCUAGCCUUAGCUGAUUUAAUUUUUAGAGAAAGAAAAACUAUUCAACUAUUCCAUAUCAAUCAAAUUGUGCAAGUGCAAGUAUUUAUUUGAAUUUCAAAAAUGAAUUUCCUUCCUCAAAGAGAAUAACAAAUGGAAGAAAAAGACGUAAUUCGUACAGUCAUUUUUUUAUAUCCCGUAGACUUUAUGUUUAAGAACAUAUUAUUAAAACAUGUAUUAAGAUUCGAUAAUCUGAUCAACGAACACAAUUUUAUUGGUCGAAUUGAAAUGUAAACAAAUUGUUUUUAACUAGAUACAAAUAAAAAUCCACGUUUCGGAACAUUAAA